AUGGGGAUGCUCUUGUCUGAAUCUAUGUCAUCUGCAAUUGCUGGGGAGAUAUAUUUGAGUUUUGGAGCUACACAGAAGAAUGGUGAAUACUUUCCAAACCCUACAAAGUUUGAUCCUCGAAGAUUUGAAGGAAAUGGACUAGUUCCUUACACAUCAGUUCCAUUUGGUGGAGGACAUAAAAUGUGCCCUGGAAAAGAGUUUGCAAGAAUAUUGAUUCUUGUUUUCCUUCAUCAUGUACUCAAAAAAUUUAGGUGGGAAGCUAAGGUUCCUUCAGAAAAGAUAUUGUGGCCUUUUUUCCUAGUACCCAUCCCAACAGAUGGAUAUCCUGUUACCCUUUAUAAUGUGUAA